AUGGAUUUGAGUCUGAAGUACCACGCCGUUUCAGUGCGGCGAAGUGUUGGUAUUGAUCGGGCCUCAUCCCCAUUAAGGUGCGCCGUUCUGCCAAUCACACCCAUAGAGGGCGUCCCUCUCCAAGCCAUGUCCCUGGACUCUCAAAUUGAAAUACUUGCUUUUACGAUUUACAAGACAUACCCCAAAGGACCAAUCCAUGUGCUGGGGUUGUCAUUCCCUGCCUCAUCAAAGG